AUGGCGGAUUUGGCACAGGAGGAAAAGCAACAGAGAGCCGCAGAUGAAGGCACGGGCGCGACGGCAAACCUCGGAUCACAGUCAGAAUGGUCUUCAUGUUUUUGUGCCAACCUGAAGGGAGAGGUGGAUCCCAACGAUCGAAAUGCUUGGGACAGCGAUGACGAGGAGGUGGACGAGUUUGGAAGAAGAAAGAAGAGUGCAAAGACCCGCAGCACAGCAAAAGCGCGAGGGGCACCCAGCGAGAGCAAAGGCCAAGCUCGGGCAGACAAGCACAAGGAACAAGCAUGCGAACAGUUUCUGCCCCAGGAGGUACAACGGACGAGAAGCCAAGACCAGUGGCACGACCGCUCUUGGCAAGACAACGGGGAUUGGGACAGCCGAGCCCGAUCUACGCAGCCAACGUCCUCUACGGAGACGAGAGGCUGGAAUCGUCGUUCCCGAGCGUCCUCUGCCGCCACCUGGCAGGAAGAGGCAGCCCGGUCAAAUCGAACUCCAAGGAGAGAUAGCCGAUUCACUCAAGACAGGAAUCGUCGUGGACAUCGAUCCGUUGCAGCGACCCAGCGCCGGAUCGAUCGAGGACAAGAGCGCCGAAGACAGGCAGAGCUAGCAGCCCAACAGGCGCAAGCAGCGACUCAGACAGAGCCGCAGCAAGGAGACACCGCUCCUCCCGAGCCAAGUAGACCCCCACGGGUGUCCACUAGCGAGAGGAGAGCGCGGUCAGCCCCGCCCCCAGGCCAAGCAGCCUUAGAGGCGAACGAAGAGGCUGAAGUAAGCCUGGUCCCUCGGAAGGAUCGCAGGCGAAGAGACAGGGCCGAGACGGAGGCCAAGUCACAAGAGCCCAUUCCAGAAGAAGAACUGGAAGAGGUUCUAGAGGAGGAGCUACCAGCUUCUUCCUCCGUUCGUGUGCCCACUCCUCCAAGGGUACCGGACGAGCACUACAUCAGCGAAGCCCGGCGCAUUCUGGACCAGCCUCAGCCAGAGGUCCCAGAAGAAAUUGCAGCCGCGGCAGCAGACGAAUCUGGCAACGAGACAGAAGUUGAGUGGGGAGAUUCGCUCUCGAGCUACAGCAGCUACGAGGUGUGCGAGAUCCCUGACCUGGAAACCGCCAGGAAGCGGUAUCCUUCCUUGGACGUGUCCAGCAACUUGACACCGUGGCUUGUGCGCCACGCGGCAUGGCUGAUAGCACGUUUCCAUGUGAGAGGAAAAGAUGGGCUCACGCCCUACCGCCUGACAACUGGCAGCGACUACUCACACCCAGUCGCCAUGCUAGGUAAGCUGGACAGAGACGACAGCAAUGUGCUUGGCACGUCGUCUGGGGCAAUCGCCGUGAGAUCGGUGAGAAGACUGCCAAAGGAAUCGCAGAUCAGUCAAGAGCUGAUGAACAACAUGAAAGGAAUUCCUUGGCAACCCCGCGACGGGAUGAGGCACAAGAUCAACAGAGAGCUGUCACAGCCAGUGGCACUCCCAGCGCCAGCCGCAGCGGGUCCCACCGCGCUGGCAUCAGAACCCCCGGAGGAAGAACAUCCGACACUGGCAGAAGAUGGUCAAAACGUUGACCAGGAUGGGUUAGUCGUGCAAGCCGCAGCCCAGCUGGAAGACCUACUUGGCGACCAAGCCGAGGACUUCCCAGCGGGUAUCCCCGCGGACGACGACGACGCGCUCAGCUGCGUGCCCACCACGCCAGCAAGAUCUGAAGCUGCAGAUCCUCCGCCGGCAGCAAGGCCGAGCGGGCAGCCUCCGCCCUUCCGAGGUGCGGGAUGGUCAUCGUCGCUUCAGAGCCUCCCGGACGAACCGAUGAGUCCGAGCGGACUUGGUCAAGGAGGGAAGCGAGUAAGAGAUGAUCAGGCAGCGCUUGCACCCGGACAAGCUGAAGCCAAGCAGUCCAGGCAAGCAGGUGUCUUGCAGCAUUUAACAAAUCACGAGAUCUGGUCCCAUAUCCAAGAAUGGGCCAACUCCGAAGACAAGAGCAAUCCAAUGGCUCUGCAAAGGAUAGCCAAUGUGACGGAUUUCGUUGACCAAUUGCUCGACCCAGAGGAGGUCACCAAAGCGCGAAAAGUCCAACUUCAAAAGCUUUGGGAGCGAGGUGCCUUCACACCCGUGCACCGCCAAGAAAUCCCAAAAGGUUCACAAAUCUUCUCACACAAAUGGGUUGACAAGUGUUCCAAAGGAGCAUACAAGUCGCGUUUCACAUGCGCUGACGUCAAGGCUCGCUACACAGCAGCCGAGGAGGAGGGAUUGGACGUGUUCGUUCCAACUCCGACCCCAGAAGCGCACAAUCUUCUGGAGGUCUAUGCUCUGACAAAGGGUUACUAUGCCCGAAGUCUGGACAUCGUCGCAGCCUUCUUGAUUGGAGCUGACCGAGGAGCCAGCGAAGGGAAGCAUGUCUACAUGCGUGCACCAGUUGAGUGGCACGACAUCUUCCUUGAGUGGCUAGAAACUCUCAGCCCCGAAUUGAAGGAUUGGUACAAGGAAUCGUUCAAAGAACUUUUCUUCAGGUUGGAUGGAAACCUAUACGGCAGAAGGACAGCCGGAUCCGUCUACAGAAAUGAGUUGGAGGAAAUCCUCUGCUCAAAGGUUGAUCCACAGCGGUAUUCUUUCUCUCGUGGUGAGAAGGAUCCAUGUGUCUUCCGUUGUGACAAGUCAGGGAUCAUCCUGAUUCACCACAUAGACGACAUCCGUAUGGCUGGACCAAAAGAGGCUGUCAACCACCUGGUUGAUGUCGAAAUGCCGAAACACUGUGAGGUCCAAGCAGGAGAGCUCGAAAGCGAAGGAACAGCUGUUGAGUACCUGGGUCGCACCAAGGUACGAACCAAAGAUGCUAUCAUCACGAUACCAGAUGAGAAGCACAUCAAAGCUGUCAUCGCUGCUGCGGGAAUCUCCGCCAGAGACCGCAGUGAGGUUCCUUCCAAACAACUGAACCUCUUAGAAACGGAGCCUCUUGGCGAGGCAGAUGCCAAGCUGUAUCGCUCGGCAGUAGGAUCAGCGAUCUACCUGUCGCUGGACAGGAGGGAGAUCCAGUACGCAGUAAAAGAAGCAGCGCGACACAUGUCGCAACCGCGAAAAUGUGACAUGCAAGCCGUCAAGACUCUCGCGGCAUACUUGCAAUCGCAUCCACAUGUUGGCCGAGUCACAACCUGUGAUCCCAAUUGCCUACCAGCGACAAGUUCGCCGGACGCUGAGCUCAGGGGAGUUUCGAGGGCAGCUCGGGAAGCCAUCUUCCUCAAGGCUCGGUCCAAGCUCAGACACCUAGAAGUCUGUGAGUUCUAUGUGCAAGGAGCUUUGCAGUCCAAGCAGAUAGCUUUGGGCAAGGUCAAGGGCACUGUGAAUUGUGCCAACUUCCUCACCAAGCAUCCAAAGAGUGGAACGGAAGUAAGGCAAGCAAUGCCUGGUUUAGGCAUGUAUGAAGCUCGUGACGGAGAAGAUAUGCUCUCUUCGAGCAAGAAGAUCUCUGUCAAGGUCUCAACCGUAACCAAGCAACAUGCGUGGAAGACUCCUACGCCAGCUUGUGUUGGUUGGAUCAAAGACCAAGAUCGAGCGGGAAGAACCGCCACGGCCUAUCGGCAAAAUGGACAACUGGUCGGGUGCAUCAAGGCACUUGUUGUCCUGAGCCAAAUUCAGGCAGUGGCAGGGCAGCCAACGUACUGCCUGUCCCCAUACGAAUGGUAUGCAUUGUUUUUCUUGGCCGCAAUCGGCACGUGUGUGCUGAUAUGGAAACUAGCAGAACAGUUCAUCGCUUGUUGUGUGGACUGGUUAUGUCCAAUCGAGCCAGUAGCACAAGAAACAGGCCAUGAGGUACAAUUGCACAUCCAAGAUCAGCAGAUCACCUUGCGACUCAGGGUGACUGCCAUCAGAAACAAUCAGCAGCUAACGCUGACCAAUCCAGCGCCAGCGGCAACCCCGCGGUCAGAGCCGGCGGCAAACCCGCGGACACCAGCGGUAGCCCCGCGGUCUCCUGAGGAACUUACUCCUCGAGGGAUCGAGAGGUGGCACGAAGAACGUUGGGUCCAAGAAGCCGCAGAGGCCAGAAUGACCAUACAGGAGUUGAUCGAAUGGCGCAACCAAGAAGAGUCUCUCCUACGAGGAGAGCAUCCCGACGGCAUGUCGGACCUCCAGGACUCUGAGUCAAGUGAGUCCGAGGCGGCACCAGCCAGCGCGGGCAGCACCGCUGUGCAGCGGGCAGCUCCGCCUGAGCGGGCAGACCCGCCGACCCGGGAACCGGAAAGCGAAGCCGAUGCAGCCAGCAUCGAGCGGAGCGAUCCGUUCGCCCAUAUGUCUCCGGCAGAAUUCGAACAAUGGAGACGGGCUGAAAACCG